AUGCCUGCAGAACCUCAGGGGAAGGGCAAGAUCAACUACACGGGGUCUGGAUACAGAAUACAAUGGAUCGAAUUUACAGGUCACACUUUACGGUACAAUCCCAGUGCUCAGACUGCGAUAGAGAAUCUGACAACUUGUGCCUACUGGCUCAGUGCCUACAGUACCUACAAGAGCCUUCUUGAAGGAGGCUAUGCUCCAAGUUCGGGCAAAAAUUAG